ACUGUUAUUAUUCAUUCAACAAAAAAUCCCUAAUCUUCGAAGAAAGGAAGAGAAGAAAUGGCACCAAAGGCGGAGAAGAAACCAGCUGAGAAGAAGCCUGCCUCCGAGAAAACUCCGGCAGCUGAGAAGGCUCCGGCUGAGAAGAAGCCGAAGGCCGGAAAGAAAUUGCCCAAAGAAAGUGGCGCCGCGGCAGGAGACAAGAAGAAGAAGCGCACGAAGAAGAGCAUUGAGACCUACAAGAUCUACAUCUUCAAGGUGCUGAAACAGGUCCAUCCUGAUAUCGGGAUUUCCAGCAAGGCUAUGGGUAUCAUGAACAGCUUCAUCAAUGAUAUAUUUGAGAAAUUGGCUCAGGAGGCUUCUAGGCUCGCCAGGUAUAACAAGAAGCCCACCAUCACUUCUCGGGAGAUCCAGACUGCUGUGAGAUUGGUUCUGCCUGGAGAGCUGGCUAAGCACGCUGUUUCUGAAGGGACUAAGGCGGUGACUAAAUUCACUAGGGAGAAGAAACCAGCUGAGAAGAAGCCUGCCUCCGAGAAAACUCCGGCAGCUGAGAAGGCUCCGGCUGAGAAGAAGCCGAAGGCCGGAAAGAAAUUGCCCAAAGAAAGUGGCGCCGCGGCAGGAGACAAGAAGAAGAAGCGCACGAAGAAGAGCAUUGAGACCUACAAGAUCUACAUCUUCAAGGUGCUGAAACAGGUCCAUCCUGAUAUCGGGAUUUCCAGCAAGGCUAUGGGUAUCAUGAACAGCUUCAUCAAUGAUAUAUUUGAGAAAUUGGCUCAGGAGGCUUCUAGGCUCGCCAGGUAUAACAAGAAGCCCACCAUCACUUCUCGGGAGAUCCAGACUGCUGUGAGAUUGGUUCUGCCUGGAGAGCUGGCUAAGCACGCUGUUUCUGAAGGGACUAAGGCGGUGACUAAAUUCACUAGCUCUUGAAUGAAUUUUAGGGUUUCUUGUCAUAGUUUAGAAAUUAGGUCUAUUUUGGUUUAGUUUGCGUUUAUUAGUGUAGUAGAGAAGUCCUUUUGCUGUUCUUGAACUGAAGCUUCUGUAAUUUUUCAAAUACAGUGAUCUGUCAAUGAAAUUCAAAUCCGUCGUUAUUAUA